UUUUCUUCCGACUCUUCAAGUGAUCCUGAUCAGGAUGAAGAACAGAGAGACUCCGAAGAUGAAUGCUGGUCUGACAUACCAGAAGAUGUUCUCAACCAUGACAUAUUGUCUCCUCCAGCCCUUCCUGAUCUAGAGAGAAAGAAAAGCAUGUUGCAUUCAUUCCAUUCCUUGUUACAGUGGCUUCUGUAUUUUUUGCUCAUUUGGCAGAGCAUUUGUCACAUAAGUGAUAAUGGUCUGGCUUGGCUACUCAAGUUUCUCUUCCAGUUAUUGCGGGUUCUGAAUGUACAAUUUUCAGAUUACGCUAUUGAAAGCCUCGUUGCAGCAUUUCCAACGUCUAUAUACAUGGUGAGGCAGUAUCUCAAACUAGACAGAGAUGAUUUUGCCAAGUAUGUUGUUUGCCGAAAAUGUUACAAGUGCUAUGAGUAUGGAGAAUGUCUAUCUGAAAUAAAUGGUAAACAUGUUGCAAAACGAUGUUCCAACAAGCUUUAUUCAAGAGGAAAGGAACAUUUGUGCAACAGUCAAUUGGUAAAGAAAGUAAUGCUCAAAGACAAUGUUACCAAGUUUUAUCCACUGCAUUAUUACAGUUUUAACAGUGUAAUAAAUGCACUUAAAAAACUCAUUAACAUUUCAUGAAGAAAACACAGAAAGCAUGUUGUGUCUGUAUAUGUGAUACAGAUUCAUGUUGAUUUACAUAAACUUUAACAUUGAUUUUCUCGGCUUAGACAAAAUUUAUUUUUAAAAUUACUUCACCAAUGAACUCACAAGAUGAGUCGUUUUUUAAGUUGUUUACAACAUUUGCGUCCGUGUUGUAUCUGAUAUACAAACUCUCGCCUUCAGCUCGAGUUUGUAUAUCCGAUACAACACAGCCGCUCAUGCUGUAAACAUUACUCGAACGGCUUGUCACGAAACCUGGUUUUCCACAAAAAUGUGACGAAUCGAGGGAAGAUGCAACAUCAGAGAAUCUGGAUGGUAUUAUGACUGAUGUUUACCAGGGUAAAUUAUGGAAAGAUUUUGCAAAAUUUAAAAAUAAAGAUUUUUUGAAUUUACCAAGGAACUAUGGCCUCAUGCUAAAUUUUGAUUAUUUCCAAUCAAUGAAGCACGGAAAUGAUUAUUCUGUUGGCGUUCUGUAUUUGGUGGUUCUCAACUUACCUCUUGGUGAGAGAUUCAAAUGGGAAAAUGUUAUUGUUGUGGGUAUAAUUCCGAACAUGGAUCAAGAACCCAAAUCCCUGAACGAGUUUCUAAGACCACUUGUUGAUGAGUUAAAGGUUUUGUGGAAAGUAGUAUGCCUUGCCUCUGAUUUCAGCACUAUCCCACUACUGUUUCGCGCUGCCUUAUUAUGUACAUCUUGUGAUAUUCCUGCGUCAAGAAAGUUAUGUGGCUUAAAAGGACACUCCGCAUUUUCGUGGCUCAUUUGGCAAGAAACAGGAUUAUUCUGGUUUUCACCAUGA